GUAACAAGUUGUUUUAUUUUGUCUUUCGAUAUUUUUGCAUCUGUGAAAAACGCCGGUUCUGCGGAGCUGUACGUUAACAGCGAAGACGUGUGCCAAAUAAAAACAUUCAGCUGCCAAAAAUAUUUAGCAACUUGUUAGACUCGAAAAAUUGCCUGCCAAGUUGGAGCAUAAAAUUAUAAAAAGUGGCCACAAGGUGCAAUUAACGGAGCAAAUUCAAUGCAAAUGAGCAAUAAUUAAAGUGAAACAAAAACAGCAAUCCAUGAAAUUCUUCAAAUUCGUUAAAACUAAAGUUAUUUAAAAUGUACACCAAAAUCCUACGACAGUGAUUAAACUAAAUGAAAUAUCAAACGAAAAAAUCUGUGUGAUUAAUUAAUUAAUAAGAAGCCAAGUGUCUAAUCUUUUCGUAUUUAUUAUUCUUUUGCAGAAUAGCGGAAUAUUAUGUGUAUUCCAAUAUAGAAUUUUCGCGACCGGAGUGCUAAAUAAUUAUUUAAAAAACCCAGAAUCAAACUAAAUACAAAAAACAUAAUAUUUAAAUAUGAAUCUCGUAAUAUGCAAUCUUGUGCUGGCGUUCAUCGCCAUAACAUUAUCGAAGACGACACUCGCUUAUUCCAAUUUUCCGACUGACAUUAAUGACAAUUACUUAAACGUGCGGAAUUCGGCCUUGCCCAUGACCACCUCCCAUCCACACACCAAUCCUCCACUCGGUCGCUACAUCCUCCCCCCACGCGAGUUCCUCGGCGCGGACGAGGACGAGGACGAGGACCAGAAGUCCUCCGACUACGAGCAGUACUCCGAGAACCGGGCGAUCCCGAGAGACAGGUCCUACCUGAUCCGGUUAAUCCGCAGGCGCGUGCCUCGUGAUCAGACCCCCCAGCAACUGAAUCCGCAGGGCCGCAGUCUCAGUGGCGUCCACUGGGGGCAGGGGGACGACAACCACCUUGGCUCCGAUGCCGGCGUCGAUGUGAGCCAUGACAAUCCAUCGGAUCAGCUGGGCAAGUUGAGAGCGUGGAAUGGGCGAAUCCCAGAUCAGAACGCGGUGGAAGGGUUGAGGAAAUACAACAUUACUCGUACCAGGGAGCUCAACAAAAUGAUCGAGGCUCACAAGCAACUGAUGGCAAUGGAGGGUGUCUGCCGGGUGCCAAGGCCGGAGGUGGUCCACAUCAUGAGGGAAACGAACACGUUCUACACACCUCAUGCCACGAUCCUGCACAGGUGCAGCGACAAGGUCGGAUGCUGCGAGGCGGGAUGGACCUGCCAAAUGAAGAAGAACGAAACGGUGGAGCUGGUGUUCGCAAAGGUGGAGGGCCGCUUCUCCGAGCCCAUCAUUAAGCCGAUGGAGAACCACACGGAAUGCGGAUGUGUGAAGGUGGAAACGCGUCGGAAACGGAGUCCCGUGUGCCUAUGCCCCAAGCACUUCAAGGACUUCAGCUGGACGGGAUCGCGGGAGGAGCACCUGGAGGUGGGUCUGUGGGAGCGUAGGGAGCGGAGGGAGCAGCGCUGCCGAUGCGACUGCCACCUCAGCGACGACACGUGCAAGAGGCUGAAGAACGGCGUUGAGGGAUUCUCGGUGAUGGAGCGACGCCGCAUUCAAAGUGGGGAGGUCAGUCCGCCGUUCUGCAAUUACGGGGCGUAUGACGUGAAGAACGGGCGAUGUCCGCGCCCGGGACAAAAUCCAACUCGGAAUCCGAAUCUGCAGCCGUAUUUGCGAUCGGGGCGCCAAAAUAGCAAAAGCUAAACCAAAUUCCCAUUGAAAGAAUGAAAACCCAGAACUGUGCAUGAGCUGAAAUCUAUCUAUAUAACACUAAAGCCACAAAAAAUGGCAGAACGCGGUUCAGAUAAAAGUUUCUAUCCCAAGUAAUGAUGGAAGUUCGUGCUAUGGAAGUAAAACUGUGGUUAGGGAUACGCGAUGGCCAUAGAACAAAGGAAUCCCGAACUAACUGAUCGUUUGGAUGAGCGGCAAACUAAAGGCAUACUAUGGUUGUUAGUAUUAUGAGUAAUAAUAUUAUAAUAUUAAAG